AAAGUGAAGAAUUUAGACAAAACUGGGGCUCUGAAUGCAGAAUCGAUGAAAGAAAGAAAGCGACAUUUUUCCAUUUUAAUUUAAUAUUGUUUCGAAAAUUUCAUCAGUUGGUCAAACGGUGUUCGUGCAUUAACAUGGCGAAAUUUCAACGUAUCUUUUACACAUUAUUGGUGAUAUUGGUGCUAUUGGCACUGUGUGUUGAGGGGCAGCGGCAACAAAAGCUCGGAGGUAAGCGUCGAAAAGAACAAGAAGACAGACAGAAGUCCGGCCAUGUACAAAAACCAAUGCGUCAAACAAUCAGGGAACGACCGGAAAAUACUCAAAAGCUUCGUUACAUAACUAAGGAUAUUCCCAAUUUGGGACGCGUUCGUGGUCGUACAUUCAAAACUGUAUGGGCGGGGAAAUCGAUACUGCAAUUUCUGGACAUCCCCUAUGCCAAAUCACCAGUUGGCGCAUUGCGCUUUAAGCCUCCAGUGCCUGCCGAACCUUGGGAGGGCACACUGAAUGCGCACGUAGCUCAUGUUGGUUGUCCUUCACUCCAGGAAUUGCACAAUAUCAAGCGUUGGAGGAAGGAGAAAAUUGACUUUGAAGACUGUCUGCGUUUAACUAUCAAUACGAAAAAUUUCACUGACAAUGCACCCGUUAUGGUCUAUAUUCACGGCGACUUUCUUUAUGAAGGUAGCAGUACAGAGGCCACUCCUGGAUAUUUAUUAGAAGAAAAUGUCGUGUUGGUCUCCGUGCGCUAUCGCUUAGGUCCUUUUGGUUUUUUGUCAACGCUGACGGAUGAAAUACCCGGAAAUGCCGCUGUACAAGACGUUAUCUUGGCGCUAAAAUGGAUUCAAGAGCACAUUUCAGCCUUUGGUGGUGAUCCAAAACGCGUUACACUUUUUGGACAAGUCGGUGGAUCCGCCUUGAUCAAUGUAUUAACUAUGAGUCCGGCAGUUCCAGAUGGUCUAUUUCAUCGUGUUAUUUACCAAUCCGGUACUGCAUUAUCACCCGCUUUCAUCACCGAUAAUCCACUGCCAGCAACUAAAGACAUUGCGAAAUACGCAGGCUGCAAGAAUCUCAAGAAAGUAGAAGCGCUCAAUAAGUGUUUGCGAAAAAUGAACACCACCACUCUAUUGAAUGCAUUCAGUGCACAUGGCGACGCCAAUGCUCAAUUGGGUGUCGGCAAUUAUGGAGGCGUGCAAUUUGUAGUCGGCGGCCCAUCGGGAAUUCUACCAAAACACCCGGGAGAACUAUUAGCGUCUGAAGAUUUCAAAGCAUAUCCUACACUCGGUGGUAGCGUUAAAAAUGGCGGCACAUUUAUGCUUAAAGAUAUUUAUAUUGAUAACUUCAAUGAGACCAUAAUUGAUGAUCAACUUGAUGGCAUGGGCUACAUUGAUCACAUCAUAGCGCAGACUAAUGGCCCUGAUCCUACAGGUGUUUGGAGAAAAUUCGCACAAGGUGUGGUUUUCUCAGCCGAAGAUAUUAAGAAUGGAUCCUUUUAUAAACUCGUGCCAGGGCUGAUCGAUAUGUGCAGUACCAUACCGUUUAAGAAUCCCGUUUUAUUGGCCUUAAAAGCGAAUGCAAAGAAACUACCGAACAGUACCUAUCUGUACACAUUCGAUUAUGAAGGCGAACUUAACCGUUAUUCGGUCAGUGAAGAUGUGGAUGGUUCAGCGCCUUUUGCACUUGGCGUCUCAUUAACCGAUGAAAAUUUGUAUCUUUUCCCCUGGCCAAGGCAUAAUUCCUUAAAUCUAAAUCGCGACAUUAAGGUUGCCAAACGUAUGGUGGCAUUAUGGACGUCAUUCGCGACAAAUGGCGUACCAACAGCACCGCAUACACCGACAUGGCCGGCAAUGACCGAAGAAACUGGUCCGUACUUGAAAAUUGGUCGUCUUGUAACUGUUGGCAAAAACUACAUCGAUGAAUAUAACAUUGCUGUAAAGGAGACUCGGCAGGGAUACAAUUUGGUUAACGACGAAUUCUUCGGUAGUUUGGUCGAAAUAACUGAUGCUGAAGCGGCAGAAAGCAACAAGGAAGAUGAAGGCGACGAUAAUGAGGAUGAUGACGAUAAUGGUAGAAAUUUAAAUUUUGUAUUUUUAACGAAGAAUGGUGGGCGUAUAGGAUUAAAUAAUUACAAUUAAAUCUGAUUGGUGUGUUAAUAAUAAGAUCAUUUAUAUAUUUACUUAUACAUUAUUUUUUUGUUUGACUUAUUUAAUUAAUUAAUUUAUUAUUGUUAAAAGUUGAAUAAAAAUCCAUGGAA